GUGUGUUUCCGGCAGAAAGACUACUGGCAGUUUGUGAAGGACAUCCGUUGGCUGAGCCCGCAUGCCGCCCAUCACGUGGAGAAGUUCAUCCACCUGCACGAGAGCCGGCAACGGAACGCGGAUGUCGUCAGCGACCGAGCCAUCGCCGAGCUGUGGCUCCAGCACAGUCUGCAGUUCCACUGUCUGUCAGCUCAACUGAAGCCCCUCCUUGGGAACAAGCCGUACAUCAGGAAAUUCUAUGCAGAUUCCGCUUUUCUGCUCAGCGACGCCCACGUCACAGUCAUGCUGCAGUGCUUGGAAGCCGUGGAACAGAAUAACCCCCGGCUGCUUGCUCAAAUCGACACGACCAUGUUUGCAAGGAAAAGCGAGGCGUCCAUGCCCGUCAUCAAGAGCCAGAGCCUCACCGCGCUUCCCGGAUCCGUGUGCACCCCUCCCGCUGAGUGCAUGACCCACCGAUACUUUGGCUCCUUCUCAGGUCUUCACUCCGCCUCUGCCAGCAUACAAGACAGGAGGCCAUCAGGCACUUUGACUUCGGUUUGCAGUGGUCCCAGCCAGCCUCAGGAAAAUGCCCCGUGUGCCUCAUCCCACUGGCAUCCGGAGGGGAGGUCCCCCCGCCACCCUGCCGCUGCCGCCCUUCCACACUUUACCGUCUCUCCCCCGUGGGACUCUUUCCACCACGCUGACUCCGCUGGCCGGCAGAACCGGGCUUCCAGCAGCCCGAGCGAGUCCAGCGCGGCCGACAGCAACAGCACCGAGAGCAGCACGUCCAACCUGUUCUCCUCCAGCAGCUCCCAGAAGCCGGAGUCCGUCUCGUCCUUGGGGGAGCAGGAGGUGAGCGGGGGUAGCAGCCGGGCGGCGAGCCUCUUGCGGAGAUCCAGUUUCUCAGAAGGACAGACGUUGACCCCCUACGGGACGCACAAGAGGAGCCACGUCCGCUCCCACUCGGAUACCAACGUGGCCUCUGGGAAAGCUCUUGAAUCCCAUGGCGAUAUGCCCCGGUUCAAAAGCAACAUGUCCUGCUCCGUACACGGAGGCGAUGCAAGCGCAGCUGGUUCAGUCUAUGUGGAAUACGAUUCUGGGCAAUAUCUAAACUCUGGGGAAGGGAUGUUUCGGAGACCUUCAGAAGGGCAGUCCCUGAUUAGUUAUUUAUCAGAGCAGGAUUUCGGCAGCUGUGCAGACUUGGAAAAGGAAAACGCCCACUUCAGCAUCUCGGAGUCGCUCAUUGCGGCCAUCGAGCUGAUGAAGUGCAACAUGAUGAACCGGCAGCUGGAAGAAGAGGCGGACGACAGCGACAAAGAGAUCCAAGAACUGAAGCAGAAGAUUCGCAUCCGGAGACAGCAGAUCAGGACACGGCAGCUCCACCCAGCUUACCAGGAUGUCAGCUCCGACAGUUUCAUGGCAACAGACAGCGGGUCCCAGUUCAGCUCCCGAGACUCAACGCAUCUGUCUGACUCGGGCUCCGCAGACGAGGUGGAUGAGUAUGAGCUCAAAGAUGGUAACGAUGGAUCUAACCUGAUUCAAAUGUCCAAGAACGGCCUGUCCGUCUCAAUGGCUUCCUUGUUUUCAGGUAGUAACCUCACUCCUGAGCUUGUCAAUGUGCGUGUCGGUCAGUCUGUGCGUCACUUCCACUCCUUUCUUCACUCGAACUCGGCGGAGGCCGUGGCCAUGGGCCUGCUGAAGCAGUUCGAAGGGAUGCAGCUCCCCGCCGCCUCGGAGCUGGAGUGGCUCGUGCCGGAGCGCGACGCCCCGCAGAAGCUGUUGCCGAUUCCGGAUUCCGUGCCCAUCUCCCCCGAUGAUGGGGAACAUGCCGAUAUCUACAAACUGCGAAUCCGGGUCCGGGGGAACCUGGAAUGGGCCCCCCCACGACCGCAGAUCAUCUUCAACAUUCAUCCGGCACCAACGCGGAAAGUGACUGUGGCAAAGCAGAAUUACCGCUGUGCAGGCUGCGGGAUCAGGACGGACCCUGAUUACAUCAAGCGCAUGCGCUACUGUGAGUACCUGGGCAAAUACUUCUGCCAGUGCUGCCACGAGAACGCCCAGGUGGUCAUCCCCAGCCGCAUCCUGUGCAAGUGGGACUUCAGCAAGUACUACGUCAGCAAUUUCUCCAAGGACCUGCUGAGCAAGAUCUGGAGCGACCCUCUCUUCAACGUGCAGGACAUCAACGCCUCCCUCUACCGCAAGGUCAAGCCGCUCAACCAAGUCCGACUCUUGAGGAUCCAGCUGUACCACAUGAAGAACAUGUUUAAGACCUGCCGCCUCGCAAAAACGCUCCUGGAUGCCUUCGACAGCGUGCCAGGCCACCUGACGGAGGAUCUCCACCUCUACUCCUUGAACGACCUGAGCGCCACCAAGAAGGGGGAGCUGGCGCCCCGCUUGGCCGAGCUCUUCAAGGCAGGGACCCUCCAUGUCGAGAAGUGCAUGUUGUGCCAGGCUAAAGGCUUCAUCUGUGAGUUCUGCCAGAACGAAGAGGAUAUCAUUUUCCCCUUCGAGCUGAAUAAGUGCCAGACGUGUGAAGAAUGCAAAGCCUGCUAUCACAGAGCCUGCUUCCGGACUGGGCGCUGCCCCAAAUGCGAGCGGCUCCGGGCGCGGCGGGAGAUGCUGGCGAAGCAGAGCAUGGAGGCCGACCUCUCCGACUACGAG